AAAGCAGGCCUGUCCCUUUAAGGGGGUUGUCUGUCAAUCAGAAAGCCCUUUUCAUUGCUGGAGAAGAGGACAAAGAUACUCAGAGAGAAAAAGUAAAGGACCGAAGAAGGAGACUGGAGAGACCAGGAUCCUUCAAGCUGAACAAAGUCAGCCGCAAAGCAGACUAGCCAGCCGGCUACAAUUGCAGUCAGAAUCCCAAAGAUAUGGGGUUGUUAGAGUGCUGUGCAAGAUGUCUUGUAGGGGCCCCCUUUGCUUCUCUGGUGGCCACUGGAUUGUGUUUCUUUGGGGUAGCACUAUUCUGUGGCUGUGGACAUGAAGCACUUACUGGUACAGAAAAACUAAUUGAGACCUAUUUCUCUAAAAACUACCAGGACUACGAGUAUCUCAUCAAUGUGAUCCAUGCCUUCCAGUAUGUCAUCUAUGGAACUGCCUCUUUCUUCUUCCUUUAUGGGGCCCUCCUGCUGGCUGAGGGCUUCUACACCACCGGCGCAGUCAGGCAGAUCUUUGGCGACUACAAGACCACCAUCUGCGGCAAGGGCCUGAGCGCAACGGUAACAGGGGGCCAGAAGGGGAGGGGUUCCAGAGGCCAACAUCAAGCUCAUUCUUUGGAGCGGGUGUGUCAUUGUUUGGGAAAAUGGCUAGGACAUCCCGACAAGUUUGUGGGCAUCACCUAUGCCCUGACCAUUGUGUGGCUCCUGGUGUUUGCCUGCUCUGCUGUGCCUGUGUACAUUUACUUCAACACCUGGACCACCUGCCAAUCUAUUGCCUUCCCCAGCAAGACCUCUGCCAGUAUAGGCAGCCUCUGUGCUGAUGCCAGAAUGUAUGGUGUUCUCCCAUGGAAUGCUUUCCCUGGCAAAGUGUGCGGCUCCAACCUUCUGUCUAUCUGCAAAACAGCUGAGUUCCAAAUGACCUUCCACCUGUUUAUUGCUGCAUUUGUGGGGGCUGCAGCCACACUGGUUUCGCUGCUCACCUUCAUGAUUGCUGCCACUUACAACUUUGCCGUCCUUAAACUCAUGGGCCGAGGCACCAAGUUCUGAUUGCCUGUAGAAAUUUCCUUUUCUCUAAUAGUGAGACUCUAACCACACAGCCUAGAAUAUUGCAUCUCCCAUUUUAACUCUUUGCCUUUGUCACUUACUGGCCCUCUUCUUGACAAGUGUAACAGGAAAGGAGAGUCUUGCAGUGAUUAAUGUCUUUCUGUGGACUCUUCCCUCUUACGUACCUCUUUUAGUCAUUUUGCUUCACAGCUGGUUCCUGCUAGAAAUGGGAAAUGCUUAACAUGGUGACUCCCCAACUGCAAGUUACAAAGAAAUGGAGGCUCUAAUUCAAUUUUCAAGCAUCUCCUGAGGACCAGGAAGCAUUUUCUUUUCAAAGGGCAUUUCCACUGAUGGAAACGAAAUGGAGAAAAAUAUGUUCAGAGAAGGGAUAUACCUGGUCCCUUGUCAUCUAUAGGGGGCAAAUAUAUUCUCCUUGGUGUGCAAAACAGAGAACUCACUCUUAUCUCCCUAUUACCACUGAAGAUAGAAGAAAGAAAAAGAAUGACAGCAAAACAAUAUGAGCAUUUGCCCAAAUCUCCCUAUUGCAUCUGGGAAGGGGUCAAAGCAAGGAUCUUUCACCCAUAGAAAGAGAGCACUGACCCCAAUGGCAAAGGACCAUUUAAACUCUAACUCAGCCAACCUAACUUAUAGCAUAAGGGAGCAUAGUGUCUGUGUAGACAAAGGGGGCACCUGGCCUUACACCUCGUUAGAGAGAAACAGGUGCUGCCAGAAUCUUCUCCUUGAGAACAGCUACCAUGACAACCCUGGGGUUUUCAAGGAGCUGAGAAUAGAGAAACUAGCUCAGCUGAAAAAAGACUGGCUUGAGCAGCAGUUGUUAGUGGCUAACAGUGUAAACUGAGCCAGCCCUCUGGUAGACACAGGAUAGAUAACUCUUUGGAUUGCAUGUCUUUUUUCUGUUAAUUAGUUGUGUACUCUGGCCUCUGUUAUAUCUUCACAAUGGUGCUCUUUUCAUGGGGUAUUAUUCAUUCAGUCAUGGUGGGUGAUUUGAAGAUCUUGAUUUGUUUCAGAAUGAUGCACAUUUCACGUUUUCCAGUUUGUUUAUCACUUGGUUGGGGUUGUACCAAAAAGGUCUGGAGAAUGAUUCUUUGAAUAUAAUUCUUUAACAAAUGGAAAUUGGAUGUUAAAAAUCACCAGUGAUAUGUAAAAUUGGCUUGUUCUAUGCAUCUAUUGGGAUUUUCUACAAAUUACUUUGUUUUUCGAAGAAAUAGAUUUGGUGACUUUGAACCUCAAUUUGAAUAACCUAUUAUUUUAAACAUUGGUUGAUCAUUCUUUCUGGCUAGUGAGAGAUGAUUUGAUUUAGCAAUGAUACAUUGUGUGUUAAAGAGUCAUAUUUAACAUACAGAUUAUUCUUUCCUGGUAUAGAUCUCGUAGCUGAAUGUAUUAGUCAUCAGCUAUUCAGUUAGCAAGCUUCCACAGAAAAGGAAAGAUGGAGAGUAUGAAACCUGAAUAGCUCCCAAGUUUCAGUCUUCUCUUUCUUAUUUAUUAACUUUGGGUUAAAAAAUAAAAGGCUGAUUGGUCUUUAUUGAAGAAAAGAUUUUAGAGGUAUGACUGUAGGUGCCUCUUUUGUUGUAAAGAGUUGUUUUGUUGUUUUGUUUUGUUUCUCCCAAAGUGGUUUCAGCAAUGUUUAAGGAGAUGUAAGAUCUUUACAAAAAUACACUUGAUAUUCAUUUUCAGACCAGUAUACCAGAUAAGCUUCCAGGCUGCAUAGAGGGAGGAGAUGGAAAAGUUCUGUAAGAAACCAAUCAAGAUCAAAGAAAGUGAAGUAAUCCAUACCUUGUAUUUUGUUUCGAUUUAAUAACAUAACAAAUAACCAACUCUUCCCUGAAAACCUCCCAAGCAUACAUACAUACAUAUACACACAGGAAGAAAGUUAAUCAACUGAAAGUAUUUCCUUCAUUUCUGAUAUAGAAUUUCAAUUUUAACACACAUAAAGGGUAAACUUUUAGAAACUUAUCUUAAAAAAUGUAUUUUAUAAAAUUAAAGAAAAUAAAAUUAAGAAUGUUCUCAAUCAAA